AUGUGCGGCUCCUGCGGAUUCUCCCCGAACAAGCCCAACAACGGCAGCUCCGUAUCCACGGCUUCCCGCUCCUACCGUACUGGUGGCAUCUCAGAGGCAUUAGACACGCAAAUUCUCGCGGUGGGCUUGGUGGCUUUUCUAGUACUGCGAGCCAAUGGCGCUCCGUUGACAGAAGCGACCACCGUCUUGCCAUCAAGCGACACCUCAAGUGAGGAGGAAACGGCGCCCUCUGACCUGCUGACCUCCGCUCAUGUUUGGGACUCGGUUCUGGGUACCGCUAAAGAACACCAGAAAGCUUUUGAUGAUGAAUUCCAAAACAAUGUCAACUUUCAUUUACUGGAGCAUUACAAAGCACCUCAGUUUCCAGCAAACUGCCCCAGCUCCAACUUUAGCAAGGAGGCUUGCCUGCACAGGCUGGCCCAAGGUCUGUCCACUUACAUAAUUCUUCUCAAGCACGUGGAGAAGGAAUAUCCCGGCAGUAAAAUUCUGUCUGAGGCCAAACACUACUCUGAACUCCUGCUCUACAAUAUCAAACAAAAGAUGAGAAAACCAGAAGAGGUCACAGGCCUGAGUAGCAAUGAGGAAGAGAGCCUAUUGAGGUCACUGUACCACCCCGAUGCUUUCCACAGAAAGAUGACGGCGCACAACAUCCUGCGGAAGCUCUACAUCAGGGGUCACCAAACUACGGCCCGCGGGCCGGAUACGGCCCGCGGGACCGUUUAAUACGGCCCGCCAACCCUGAACAAAUUGUAUUAUUAAACUAUUUUUUUUUGCUCAUUUUGCCUGCAAUGACUGCGUUUCCCCAGUAGAUGGGGAAGCGCUCGCCUGCGCAUUUA